AUGGGUGUCACUAAUAAGGGAACCAAACGUUCUUCUGUUCCAGCUUCUAAACCUGUUGUUAAGAAGUCUAAGUUUAAUAAUAAGAGAUCAAGUAAAGUUGAAAGUGAAUCUGAAGAAUCUGAACAAUCUGAACAAGAUGAUUCAGUUUCUGAAAGUGAAGAUGAAUUAGAUCAAUCUAGUGAAGAUGAAUUGGAUCAAUCUAGUGAAGAUGAAUUAGAUCAAGAUGAAAUUAAAAUCGGAUCAGAUAGUGAUGAUGAUUUAGAAGAUGAAGAAGAUGAAGAAGAUAAAGAAAAAGAAAGAGAUCCAAAUAAACAAACUUCAAAAGAACAACAUGCUGAACAAAGAAAAACUUUAGCUGAAAGAAAAUUACAAAGAAAAUCAGGUGCUCAAGUUCAACAUAUUAAAUCAUUAUGGGAAAAAUUAAGAGUUAAAAAUCCUCCAUUACCAAAAGAAAUUCGUGAUAAAUUAUGUGAUGAAGUAUGGAAUUUAUCAAAAGAUGUUAUUAAAGAUUUAGUUAUGAAACAUGAUGCUUCAAGAGUUGUUCAAACUUUAGUUAAAUAUAGUUCUAAGGAAAGAAGAGAAGCUAUUUGUAAUGCAUUGAAAAAACAUUAUUAUGAAUUAGCUACAAGUUCUUAUGGUAAAUAUUUAUUAGUUAAAUUAUUACAUUAUGGUUCAAAAGAAUCAAGAACUUUAAUUUUGGAUGAAUUACAUGGUAAAUUAAGAAAAUUAAUGAGACAUAGAGAAGGUGCUUAUGUUGUUGAAGAUUUAUAUACAUUAUAUGCAUCAAAUGAACAAAAAAAACAAAUGAUUAGAGAAUUUUGGGGUGCAGAAUAUGCAGUUUUCAAAGAUAGUGGUAAAGGUAAAAACAUUAAGGAAAUUUGUGAUGAAAAUGUUGAAAAAAGAACUUUAAUUGCUAAAAAUUUAUCAGGUACUAUAACUGCUUCAGUUGAAAAAGGUUCAACUGGGUUCCAAAUUUUACAUGCAGCAAUGAAAGAAUAUAUUCAAAUUAUUAAUGAUGAUGAAGUUCGUGAAUUUAUUGAAUUAUUACAUGAACAAUUUGCUGAAUUGAUUCAUACACCUGAAGGUGCCGAAGUUGCAUGUAAUUUAAUUGCUAGAGCUAAUGCAAAAGAAAGAAAACAAAUUGUUAGAUCAUUAAAAGAUCAUGCAAUGAAUUUAAUUAAGAAUGAAUAUGGUAAUUUAGUUGUUAUAACAUUAUUUUUAACAGUUGAUGAUACUGUUUUAGUUUCCAAAGCAUUAUUUGGUGAAUAUAUUGAAGAAUUGCAUAAUUUAAUUACUGAUAAAUAUUCAAGAAGACCUUUCUUAUAUUUAUUAAAUGGAUUAGAUGGUAGAUUUUUUUCACCAUCUAUUCAAAAAGAAUUAAAACAUUAUAUUGAAUUAUCAAAAGAAACUUCUAAAAAACCAAAUGAUCAAAGAAAACAAGAAUUAUUAGAAAAAAUUUCAACUUCUUUUUAUAAAAGUAUAAUAAAUCAUUCAUUAGAAAUUUUAAAUGAAAAUAUUGGAUCUCAAUUCAUUGGUGAAGUAUUUUUAAGUAAUGCACCAGCUGAUGAAUCAUUAAAACAAGAAGCCAUUACAAGUAUUAUUGAUUCAUUUAAAGGUGAUAUUAAUGAUGAAGAACAUCCAGUUAAUAAACCAUUUUCAGUUAGAUUAUUAAAAUCAUUAAUUCAAGGUGGUAGAUGGGAUCCAAAAACUAAGAGUGUUAAAAAAGUUGAAGUUUCAGGAUUAGGUUCAUCAUUUGCAGAAAAUUUUUAUAAUGAAGUUAUUGGAAAUGAUUUAGAAUCAUGGAUCUUGAAUAAAAAUCUUUCAUUUAUUAUUGUGGCAAUUUAUGAAUCAAUUGAAGAUCAAAAAUCUUCAAGGUUUAUUAAAGAUUUGAAAAAAUUGAAAAAAAUUGUUAAAAAAGCUGAUGAUGAUAAUAAAGGUGCUCAAUUAUUAGCUAAAAUUGCUGAAUUUUGA